AGGGGCUGGCGGGGGGGUGGGCGGCCAAUUUCCCUGACGACGGGAAAAGCGCUCCUCGAGUUCCGGAGCAACGGCGGAGCCGUAGCGACGGGGCUGAGGUAGCCAGCCUAGAGCUGAGAACAUCAACAGGGUGCAGCGGGACGCGUCAUCGAUAAGCAACGUCUUGUUUUUUGUUUUACCACCUAUAUGUAUGUGCUUGUUCCGUCAAUACGCAACCUGCUUCAACAGUGGAAUAUAUUUAAUAUGGACUCUGCUAGUUGUGGUUGGAAUUGGAUCUGUUUACUUUCAUGCCACCCUCAGUUUCCUGGGCCAGAUGCUGGAUGAGCUGGCUAUUCUCUGGGUUCUGAUGUGUGCUCUGGCCAUGUGGUUCCCUAGGAGAUACCUGCCCAGAGUUUUUCGGAAUGACAGGAGCCGAUUUAAAGCUGCCGUAGGUGUCCUGUCUGGAGUUACUACCUGCCUCGCCUUCAUUAAGCCUGCCAUCAACAACAUCUCGCUAAUGACUCUGGGUGUUCCCUGCACAGCUUUGCUCAUUGCUGAGUUGAAGAGAUGUGAAAACCUGCGUGUGUACAAACUGGGUCUCUUUUCAGGUCUUUGGUGGAUGCUAGCACUUUUCUGCUGGAUCAGUGACAAAGUGUUUUGUGAGAUCUGGUCCUCAUUUAACUUCCCCUAUUUGCACUGUGUAUGGCACAUUUUGAUUUGCCUUGCGGCGUACCUGGGCUGUGUCUGCUUUGCUUACUUCGAUGCUGCCUCUGAGAUCCCUGAGCAGGGCCCUGUCAUAAAGUUCUGGCCCAGUGAAAGAUGGGCAUUCAUUGGGGUUCCCUACGUCACCCUCCUCUGCGCACACAAGAAAUCACCUGUGAAGAUCACAUGAAGUUGGCCAUGGAAUGGGGAUGGAGUUUCAUCUUACAUUCCAGCACAGACAGUAUUUAAAUAAUGAUAAAUGAAUAGGGUUGUAUUUUAUCUUCUUCCUAAGAUAUGCAGCACUUCAGGUGUCAUAGAAAGAGGAGGUGAGUGUGUUCCUUCCUCUCUCUGGAGAGGAGAGAGGAAGCAGGAAGGUGGAGGCCCUUGAACGCUAAAGUAACCACUAGCUUCUUUGGUUGGCUCUGUUUUGCACUGUUUUCAAUGUAGCAUUUAUCUUGCUAAAAGCUGUUUCCAAAUACCAGGGUCAAGGAAUGACGUUUCUGCUGUAGGUCACCUCUGGUGCUUGAUUCACUUCUUUUCUAACUUCUGGCUUAAGGCCUUCUUUGCGAAAGAAGCCAGUCCAAGGUGCCUACAUGCCAUCUUGUGUCCUUCUCAGCUCUGAUUUUGAUGUGACUGCACAUGGCCACAGGAGUGUGCUCGAAGCACGUGCUCCUCCCAGCCCGGCGUGUAACACAGGGAGCCUGGAUGUGCAUCACAUCCGAUCACAGAGCAUGUGGUUGCUUCCCCAAGUCCAACAGGAGACCAGUGCAAAGUGUUUGCAGCUGGGUAACUGGAUCAGUGUAGUUAGGGAGUGUAAAUGCAGGAAUAGCUGACAGAACAUUCAGUCCCUAAAACUAAAUAGGAGUUCAAGGGUUUUGAAUUUUUCUGUAUUUCCACUGACCUGUGGACAUCUGUAUGCUGCAUAUUUCCCUCUUACAGAAAUGUCACGGAAAUCCUUCUCUACCUCUACAGACAUGUUUGGUCUUGAAUUUGGCAUUGAAGCUCACACAGAAGUGUGAACAUUAACUUCAGUGAGAGCUCAGGUCAGCAUGGAUUGACAGUGUGAUUAAACUACAAAAGCUCGCAGGUGCCUAGCUGUAUGUCUAAUUUGAGAGUUAACUUCUCACAAAUGCAUUGCAAAGUAACAUGAACAUUAGUCCAGUGCUCUUCUAGUUAUACUUAAGAAAAAAGUAGAUAACAGCUUAAAAACCAAGCUGAAGACUUAGAUUUCAGUGAGCAAUGAAAUGUGACCUUACAUUCAUACAAAAGACCAGUAGAUUCAAGUUUUCUGUUUAUUUUCACCCUGUUUUGUAAAGAAAAGGGGUGUCUAGAUCAAUUUAGUUUUAAGGUUAUACUUUGGGGUUGAGUUUCAUGAAUGGCUAUGGUCCUUGCAAGCAAUUUAUGCUAGGUCUGUUUAAAAAACGAUGCAAAGUGCAGGCAUGUUUUUCAAAUAUUAGCAAUUGUAGCUGCUAAUAGCUGCAGUGUUGGAAAAAAUAGGAUCUGCUUACAUUCUACCUAAUAUCAGAACUGUAAGUGGAUUAAGGCUUUGGAUGUACACUUUUGUUAAUAAGUGGUAUUUCCUUUUUGAAUAUUAGACCAAGAAAUACCAUUUCCUCUGUGCUUUGCUAAGAAGUCUCAUGUUGUACUUGUUUUUUGUCAAUCUGAAAAUGUAGUCUAUACAGUAUCAUCUUUAGGAACGUGGCUUUUAACAAGAACUUCAGGGUGAAUUAACUUUCAAGCAUUGUAAAACCUUUCAGAUAACUUUUGUAUUCAAAUUUAUGCCUAGAAAACAAGAGCUAAGGUGUAUGCUGUUACACUUAAAGCAAAGUUAUUGGUGGGAGAUAUGACUGUCUUUUUGAGAGCUUCAAAGCGAUUGACUGACAGAUCAUAAAAGCAGCAAAAUCUGGUGGAACUAUGCAGAUUUGUACCACUUGCUAGUAGAUCUGUCUGAGAGAAAUGUGUUUUUUGGACACACAGUCAUAUAAUUCUUGUAAGAAACUUGUUUGUAAAAAUUCAUACAGUAAUCUUUGUCACUCUUUGAAACACAGCUGUGUUUUCCUUCCUCUCUCCCUAAUUAUGAAAUACUCAGUUUUAAACACAUCUCAGGUAUUAAAAGUCAUAUGAUUAGAUCCUUGUACAGAUAGGCUUGCUGGCUGGAACUCAGCUAAGGUUGCUGAUGCCUGACAUGGCCCUACUUUGAGUAAGAUUUUUCAAUAUUGUUUUCUAAAUUAUUAUGUUAUGGUAAAUAAAUUAUUUUCAGUAUUGCUUGGGAAAUUAGUAACUGCAGACAUAAUGUACUAUUCAAAAUAACUGGAGCCUUCCUACUUAAUAUUUUGCUUGAAAGCAACCUCUGAAUCAAACGGCUCUAAUCAGCCUGCUGUCAACUGCUGUCUUCUGCUCUGCAGAGUCUGACUGCUCACAAAGAAGUAAUUUUAUAAUUUAAAAAAUGGCAGUAGUGCAUUCAGCUAUUGCAGAGGUGACUGAAUGCAGGUACAGGCCAAGAAUCAUCUCCUGUAUUUUUAUUAACUAACCUCUAACCUUUGUACUCUUCAUAGGAGAUUCUGUGAACAAAAGUCACUCACUAUCUGAUAUUCAAAGCUAUGCUGUAGAGCUGGUUGGGGUAUUCCACUGCAACAGCAGCCCACCACUUUUAGAUGUAGCUACUGCACUUUACAUUAAAUUAAUAUUGACUUACAUGUUCUGACGAAAGCUACAUUUAUUUCAAAAAAGAAAAAACAUGCAGUUUUUACCCAAUUCACAGCUUUACAACUUGCACUUUGGACUAAGGCUUCAGUUCACAAUUAACAUUAGUACCCAAAGAAGUAUGUGAGUGGCGUACAGAGCGGUUUGUGCACUGCCCUGAUCAUGCAGAUGAACAGACAUGCACACAAGUAGCUGUAUUAUGUUGGAGUAUAAAGUGAUAUAUAUGCACCCUUUAAAGCCCCAGAAUGCUUUCUUCUCUUGCUGGCAGGAAGCAAGUGGGUUCCUAGCCCUUGGGUUCAGUUAGUAUUUUAGCUUAAUUAGUGGGAUGCAGUAGUGUGUUGAGCAUAAUGUAGAUUCUGUAUAUUGGCGUGUGGUAUCCAUCAUUCGUUGAGUGUUAAACUUUAGGUUAUUUAAGAAAGGACAUUUAGCUCUCAGUGAUGGCAAACACUUGCCCAAUACACAGUCACUAAAAACUCAAUAAAUAGUAUGUAAGAAUGGUGUUGGGGUUUUUUUUCCAUCUCCAUUGAAGUCUGUAUACUGAAUGUUUGUGGAAGGCCUGUAGUACUUCACAACAUUAAAUUGCAUUCAGAAUAAAUAUUGUUUGCCUUUUCAUACAUCAUGUUUGUGGAGAAGAAUGCAGCUGCCAGUAUAAUGCCUUGAAGUAUAGUAAGGAUAACUUCUCCCUCACCCAGGUAACAGCAGUUCUGACUCUUAGAGGAGGAGGGAGGCUGCAUUAGGUAGAAGACCAUUAAUUAAUGAGAUAGAGAUUACUUUGCUGAGCAAACUGAUUUUUUGCAAGUAAAUACUUGGAAAACUGCAAGCUCAUGAAUCAACAGGGACAAGUAGCAAGAAAUGGCUAAAAAUGAGUGGCCUGUAUUUCCACAGAUCCAGAAAACUGGAUCAGAGUGAGUAUAUCUAGGAGAACAAAAUGUGAAUCUUCAUUAUUUAUUACCUAAGACCAUGCUCCCAACUUAGGGAGGGGGAUAAUGGCUGUAUAGUAGUCUUGCACCUGCCCUUCCCCUCCUACUUUCCUUUUACCACAGUUCCUCUCGCUCCAUAUAAAAGACCUUCGUUGAGACAUUUGCAGAUACCCAUAAGCCAGUGUUACCGGGCUUGAAAUAACUUACGUGGAAGCAUAGCUGUAGUUCAAGAAUGUUACUGACUCGGAGUUAAUGGCUGUAGUUGGCAAGAUGACAAAAACAGCUGGUGGAUUGGCUCAUAUGUUUUCCUGUCACUUGGCCUGCUCUAUCUGGAGAUUAUUGACAGGAUUUCCCAUGGAAGCAAGGGGACCAUCAUCAUGACGAAUUCAGAGCUCCUGGCUUGUUUUGUCCAAAUCUGACAGAGGCAAGAGCCUUAGAGAUAAUUUCCUACAAGCUGUGCAAGACAGAUGGUCAGGUAGAGAAGCCAGGCCUCUGAGACAAGCUGUAUCAAGAACCAUGUUAAAAUAACAGAGAACUUACCCAGGAAGGAUACCAAAGCAGUGCUGAAGUUUUGGAUGGGUUCUUAUGAUUGCAGCUUAUACCAGCUGCAGCGUCAGUAGCAAGUUACACAUGGAAGAAGGUUCACAUCCUUCUGUUCCAGAGACGGAGGAAUUACUUCACUGUAACACACACAAACCUGCCUUUUCCUCCAAUCUUAUACGAGGUAGAAACUUCCACAGGAGGGGCAGUUAGAAAUCUCAUAUCAUCGUACACCUGGCUGUUAGUUAAACACAGUGCAGGCUGAGAAAGUCUGAAGUUUGAUGGAGGUGACUUCUGUGGCCCCAAACUCAGGAACCAUAAAAAACUGUUUGUAAACUCACAGCAUAUAAUGAAAAGGUGAGUAGGAGUUUGUCAAGAGCAAGUUGUGUCUACCUAAUUUAGUUUUCUACAGUAGAGUAUUUGCUGUCCCUGUGGUUAUGGAAUAAACAGUAUACUGUUAGAUUUUGACAGUGAUAAGAUUUAUAGUAGUGUCUGACAGGACAUUAUUAUAAAAGUGCUAGAAAACCUGUGUUUAAUAAAAGUUCUGUGGAUUAGUGUGAAAUUGUUUGGAUAGCUGCUUCUGAGCUGUUGUAGACAGCCCAUUAUAAAACCAUAGGAAGGUGUUGAGUGGAGUUCAACAGGGAGUCUCUCCUGGGUCACCUUCUGUUAAAUUGCUCACUGGUAGCCACCUGGAAGGUAUUGAUAAACUGAAGUCUGGGAAGGUUCACAAAUACCUUGAAAAACAAGGUCUAAAAUCCAAAGGUAGCUUGCUGAAUUGUAGAUGGAGUAACAGCAAGGUGUUACACAUUUAUAGGCAUCAUUGACAACACUGAAUGCAGAAUAACUAGGAAAGGAGCAGUUCUUUGUACAAGAAACUGAACGGGUAGUGUGGAUCAGGAGCCAAAUAUACUACAAUAAGGUAUCACCACAUUAAAAUGAAAAAGACAACAUCAUACUAAAAAAA